CGUCUGCAUCAGUCACGUGAUUCUGUUAAGUCAGCAUCAUGUGAUAUAAAUUGAAAGAAAACAUUUGAUUGGACGAUAAAGAAAUAGUUGACCAAUCGAAUUGCUUAAUAUUAAAGUGACUGGUGUUUCAAUAUGUCGGACUCGUUUUGUUGACACAAGUAAAUACUAACGUUAUUUAAAAGAUUGGAUAAAUGAUUUAAAGUGAAAGUUUAAAAGAAUUUUUUUUAAAUAGUUCAUUAUGUCGGAAAAGGAUGCGUUGGCACCGAAGAGACCGGAAGUAGCCCCAGCUUCGAGUAUACCUGAUCAAGUAUUAUAUCAUGACAGUACACAAACACCAACAGCGAGACGUUCCCAAGUAGUGUUUGUCGCUUUGGUAGCCAUUGCAGUGCUGAUUUGUAUAAUAUUAAGUAUAGUACAAGGGGUAAAGAACGGUUCCUAUGGUGCAAUAUAUUUCAUGCUGGGCCUGAGUCUCAUCGGAUUCGUUGCCGUGGAAAUUAUUCUAGUUUUAUUCAUCCGACGAGAUCAUCUUGACAGAGGAAAAAUAUGGUUUUUAUAUUUCGUCGGCGGCGUUGUCAUUCUGGAGUCGAUAUUUACGGACAUUUUGCUAUACAAAUGAAAUGAAGCACGAACCCUUAAAAUUACCAAAUAUUGAGUUUUAGAUAGCAGCAAAAGUAAUAUUCUUUAUACCGCCUUGUCUUGUUUCGUUAUAUAUUGAUUUAAUAUAUAUUUAUAUUUAUUUAUUAAUGCAAUAAAAUAGAAUUUUAUCAAAAA